AUGACUGUGGGAAUAUUUAGCGCUGAAGUUAUAUUUGCUUUUAUUUUAACAACAGUGUUACUCAACCGAUAUGGCAAUUGGAAGACUCAAAAUAUUGUUGUCACAUUUGCUGUACUAAUUGCUUGGUAUUUUUCCCUUUUAAUUAUCUUCGUUCUUCCCAUCGAUAUAUCUUUAGUAAGUUUCUAUAAUUUGUAUAAUAUGAUACUUUAUAUCUAAUUGUAUUCACAUUAUUUUUUUUUUAUUAUACCCAAAAUAUAUUUUAAUAGAAGAUAGUAUUUUGGGCAAUAUACUUUUUAAAUGUAUUUACUUGUACAUCAAUACCUACCUGAAAACUAACUGAACCUCUUUUUUAUAUAUUUGAUUAUUUAAAUCAUAGAAAAGCUUGUAUACAAUCAGUAUAGUUAAUAUCUUUAAUAGGCAAAUAACAAAAAUAUUUGUAUAUUCAUUUCUAAUUCUAGGCAGCUUAUCGUAAAUGUAUUCAAGAUGAGCAAUAUCAUAACUCUACAAAUUCUAGUCAAGAAUCAACAACAGCAUGUAAAAAACCAUGGAGUUAUGUGCCAGAGUCUACAUUACCAAAUAUGUGGAGAGUUGUUUAUUGGACUUCUCAAUUUUUAACAUGGUAUGUAAAAUGUUUAAUUUUUAGUGGACAAAAUCUUAACAACUGAAAUUUGAUUGAUUUAAAUUUCUUUAUUUUUACAAAAUCAAUUUAUUAGACUUUUCAAAUUUUCUCUUAAUUUGAUAAAAUAUUGAUUAGGUAAAUUGAUGAUGUUAUAAAUAAAUACAUUUUCAGUAGAAAAGAAUAUUUAACUCGCUUAUUAUCGUUAGAAAAUUACUGUUUUUUAUUUAUUCGCAAAUUAUAUAAUUUCUCAAAUAAUAUUGCAAAAUAAAAAUCUCUUUUAAAUAUUUAAAAAAAAAAAUUAUAUUUUUAUCCAAUAUAAAAAAUAGGUAUAUACUCUACUUAUUGAAUUAAAUCUAUUCCAUUACAUUUUAUUUUACUAAUAGUCUAGGUACUUAUAUGAUACAUAUUAAUAUUAUUAAUAACUCAAAUUUAUAUUUAUAAAAUUACCAAUUUAAAAUUGUUUAGGUUUAUCAUGCCAGUUAUGCAGUACUAUGUGAAAUCGGGAGAGUUUACAUUAAAAGAAAAAUUAAAAAAUGCAAUUAAAAGCAAUACAAUGUAUUAUAGUACAUUAUUAUUGAUUUUUUCAGUACUUAUAGUGUAUAUUGCUCUUAAACCAGGAGUGCAUUUGGAUUGGUAAAUAUAAAAUAAUUUGAAUAAUAAAUAAAGUUUAUAAACUGUCAUAGAUUAAACACAUGAAUAUAGACCAUUUUAAUAUAUUAUGUAAAAAUAUAUACUAUGUAUUGGAAUGUUAGUUAUUUAAUUUAAUUAUGACAUUGAAUUUAAAUUUAAAAUUAACAACAUUUUAUUUGAAGUCAAUAAAUUUAAAAAUUAUGUUAUUAAUUAUAAUAAUAUGUUAAAUUAAUUUAAUUAGAUUACAUUAUUUUUUCUAAUUUAAAUACAUAGAUUUUAAUUUUAAAACCAUUAGUUUGUGUAAUUAUAUAUAACAUAUACAAAUAAAUGAAUAUCUUACUUUUUUUGCAUGAUGUUAAGUACACAAAUAUUUUAUCAUAUAAAUGUAUACAGUUCAGAUAAAUAAGUAGAUUAAGAGUCACUAAAAUUCAUGAAUUUACAUGAAUGUACUUACUUAAAAUAAUAGACUUAUUAUUUACAUGACUAAAUAUAUGUUACAAUAUAUUAAGCAAUAUAUAUUUUUAUUAAAAAUAAUACUAUUCAUUUUUAUUUUAGGCAAAAACUAAAAGCUAUUGCAUCAUCUACUAGCAAUACCUGGGGUUUGUUUCUUUUAAUAUUAUUACUAGGUGUUGCAUUAGUUGACAUUCCAAGAGAAUUAUGGCGAUCUAGUCAAAUCGAUUAUACAUUAAGAAAAGUAUAUUUUAAAUUGUCAAAACUUAAUACAGAAAAGCUAGAGUCUGAAGGAGCUUUAGAAGAUGUUCUUGAAGUACUUAAAUAUUAUUACGGUUUCAAUUUAAUAAUUAACCUGAAAAAUUAAUUUUAAAAGAAACUGUGUUUACUUUAGUCAAUAAAGAGUGUUAGUCUCAGUUUAAGUCCAAAUGAUCCAUUAUAUGAUUGUUUUCAAAUAAUUUUAAAAAAAGUUCCUGAUGAUCAACGUGACUUUUUAACAAAUGUGAGAUCUAAUUCAAGACAUCAUACCACUCCUCCUUCAAUUGGCAUGCUCACUCGACUUCAUAAACAAGUAAUAAAUUAAAGAUAUAUGACUUUAAAUAAAAAUAAUAAUUAAUAAUUACAAAAAUAAUAACAAUGAGUUCAAUACAAGUUAAGUUUUGUGGUAAUUAAAAGUCUAAUGUUUUGAUCAAAUGAUGUACACACCGCCAAGCCUAAUUUACCUGGACACCAUCGUAAAUUAUUAACUGGUUGACUUGAUAUCAGCUGAUUCUGAAUUAAUUGUAAUUUUCCCGGAUUUGUUAUUUUAUCACCAUCAGAAUCAGUUUUAUAUCUUUCAUCUGGGUACUUAUAUUUCCACAAGUAUACUGAACCAUUUCCUCCAGUAGUAGAAAAAAUUUCUCUGUUUUGAGGUAGAUGUCUGACUGUCCAUAUGGUAUGUUUGUGUAAACUAUUUUUUAAGUAACCAAAUCCUUUGGUAGGAUGCUGAACUUUGAUAUCAAAUACAUAAAAAUGUGACUCAAUUGUUGUGGCUACCAGUUUAUUCAUUUUAAUGUCUUUUCUAUCAAAUUGUAAACUGCAAACGCCAUUUGGUACAUUGGUUUCCCAACGUAAUGCCAUUGCUCUUAAAUCUAACAUUUUUAUAUCUCCAUUAUCAUAACCAGCACAUACAAUUCGUUCUUCUGAAUUGUACGAAUUUCCAAAAGCUACUGUCCAGCAAUCUCUCUUUGUAGCACCAACUGCAGUUUCCAUUUUUGCAACUGGUAGUUUUUCUCUUGGAUCCCAUACUUUCACUGACCCAUCCUUUCCACCUGAAAUAAUAUCUUCUUUGUUACCAAAUGCAAUCAUGGAAAAUUGUAUAUAAUAAAUGUAAUGAACUAUAAACUGAAUACCUGUCACCAAUUCUGGAGCACCACAUCCAAUCCCGAGUCCUCCAACACCAUCAAUACAAUAUAUAAGACCUUGAUGAGCUUUCACAGAAUAAACUGAUUUAGCUGAAUAUUCUAAGUCUACAAUUUGUAGGUUGCCUUCAUAGUCUCCGACUGCAAAGUGUUUUUUAUUUAUUGGGCUUGAUUGAAAUGUAGCACAUUCUAUAGCAACUGGCUUCUCAUACUCUUGAAUAGUUUGGAUAUCACUUUCAUCCAAUGAAUAAAUAUUUAUAACACCUUUCAAAUUUGGUUUACCACCAACUGCUAUGAACUUGGCCGUGUUGUGAAUCCAUUGACAAUCUUUUAACUGAUAAUUAACUGGCUUCUCUCUGUGAAUAAUUAUCUGUGGCUUACUUAAAUUAUCAACUAAAUUGUCCAUUAUAUUAAACUAUGGUUAAACAUUGGUGAAAUAAGUAAUAAGUAAUUAAUAUUGUGUUCAAUGAUUUGUAAUGUUACUAUGGUUACUUAAAAAUAGUAUGUGAGAUCAAUGAAACACUAAAUGUGAUUGCAAUAUUAUGAUAUAUUUUGUUGUGUACUAGGUUUCCUUUAUCAAAUUUGUUUGAAUAAAUUAUAAAUAAACAUGUACUAUUUUGUUAUAUAUUUAAAUUGAUGAUGUUUAAUAAUAAAUAAUAUAAUGUUCUAUUGAUAUAUUUAUAUGAAUUGAUUUUUUAUGAUAUGGUUUAAUUUAUAUAUAUACAUUUGUUCAGUUAAUUAUUGCCGUACAUAUGUGUCAACGUACAGACACUCAAGGUAAUUUAAUGCUGGAAAAAGCUAUUUUCUUGGAAGACAUCAAUUUAAACAUGACAUCUAGAGAUCGAAAGUUUAAAAAAAUGUUCAAUAAACCUUUGAAACUGAAUAAUUAUGCUGACACUUCAACAAUUGGUAUGUUAAAUUAUUUAUUAACAGUAUUAAUAAAUAGUUUUAUUAUUUUGAUUAAUUUUUAGACAAGAGUCACUAAAAUAAUUAAUAAUUAUAAUGUCAAAGGAAUGUCUAAAAAUACUAUCUUAUGAAAAUAAUCAAAUACAAAGAUGUUACAUACAAUUUUCCAACAAAAUUAAUUAGAAACAAAGUUAUAAUUUUAAUAAAUAAAUAAAUAAAGUAAUUUUUAAAAAAAAAUGUGUAGAUUCUUUGUGGAGCGAGGAAACUAUUUUUCAUUAUUACUGAACUUAUGAUUGUACCACUUAUUAUUUUUGAAAAUGUUUAUAAUUUGAACUGCUAUAUAUGUUUUACUAACUGAUUAAUAUAUGCUGUGUAAUUUGUUUAGUAUACACUUACAAUUUUUUUGCAGAAUGGUAUUGGUGGUGUCGUAUAUAUCCUAUGGUACUUCAAACUUUAUCUGUGAUAACUGGUGCAUUGUCAGUUAUAAUUGUGUGGUCUGAAAUGACAUUUUUCAAAAAACAACCAGUGCUCUCUAUUUUUGCUGUCAUGGUUAAUAUGGAAAAACAAAACAAUGAUUAUGUCAUGAUACAGGUAAAAAAAAAACUAUUAUUGUUUGUGUAUAAAAUAUUAAUUUUAAAUUAUCAUUUUAUUGUUUUUUAUAGAUAUUAUCUACAAUUUCUAUUGCUUAUUUAGCUUAUUGUACUUAUUCAACAAUAUUUAAGAUAAAAUUACUUAACAUUUACUAUCUUGCAUCAAAUCAUCAAACCACUGAAAGUAGUUUAAUAUUUUUUGGAUUGUAAGUAUAAUAUUCAGAUUUAAUAAUAAUUUUUAAUUUUAAUUAUUAAAUAUGUAUUAUAGGCUGCUGAGUCGUCUUACUUCGCCUAUGUGUUUAAAUUUUCUCGGACUUAUUCAUAUGGACAGUCAUGUGAUCAAAAGUCGUAUUCUAGAGACAGACUAUACUCAGGUAUAGUUGUAGUCUUUGUAAAUAACAUGAUAAAUAGGGCUAUGAAUAUCAAUACACUGUAAUAUUCAAUACAUUAUAUAACAUUUAAAACAAAUGUAUAUAGUCAAAACAUUAUUUUAAAUUAAAUUUACUCAAUAAAAUUGUAUGUACUCACCUGAUAUUAUAUUGUAUCUUUUUUUCUAUAAUUUAGUUCUUUCAAAACAUAAUAUCGAACAAAAUAUGAAUAAGUUACAAAUUCACUGCCUUACUUAGUAAAGUUAGACUUUUAAUAUAAACAUAUGUAUUUUGAUUUUUAAGUACUUUAAAGAUCUAAUCCUGCCUAUUAGUAAUAAUAUUGUGUAUUUAUUUUAUAAUAAUUCACUUUUCUUGUAGAUUAUGGGACACAUGGAUGUUAUUACAAUAAUUAGUGAUGGAUUCAAUGUAUACUUUCCAACACUUAUACUUGCUGUAUGUUUAGCAACUUAUUUUAAUGUGGGAACACGGAUACUAUCUAUAUUAGGAUUUCCUCAGUUUUUGGAAGAUGAUGAUUUGGUAACCGAUUAUAUUCAAGAAGGACGUUUGCUUGUUGUUCGAGGUUAAUUGUGCACUAUAUUUAAUAUCUAAUAAGAAUCGUAAUUUAUCAUCAAAUAUUUUUCUUUUUAAUUUAGAAAAAGAAAGACGUGAACGUAAACUUAAAGGUAAUGAAAUGCGUCGUAAAUAUAGGGAAAGGUCACAACUACCAACCACAAUUAAUAAUGAUGUUGAAGAAAGUAUGUAUAAUAUAUUUAUUUUCAUUAACAUAAUUAUAUACUAAAUAACUAAUGAAUAUUAUUAGGAGUUCCGCCAUCUCGAAAAGAAAAUAUGAAAUCAUAUUUGUUGGAUAACGCUGAUCCCAUUGAUCGAUCUUAUCAAAGCUAUACUGCUAAUAAUACUUCUGAUGUAGAAAGACAACUGCCCCGUGUGAGUACUAAACCAAUUAACAGUGCAUGGGAACCACCAAGAAAUAUAUUUAGUGAUCUGUAA